UCUCUCUCUCUCUCUCUCAAAUCUCCAUAUAAAUAUAUAAAUGAUUAUAAAUCAUCAUCAUCGAUCAUAUUCAUAUACAUCUUCACUUAAGUUUCUCUCAAGGCAAAAUAGUACUAUAUACUAAUAUAUCAAACACUCUCCUUCUGAUAAGGUGGGUACUGUCCUUCCCCUUAAGUGUACUACGAUCUACUAAACUUGGGCCGCGGCUGUCCCGCCGGGCUUGUUUUAUUCGCUUUGGAUGAAUCUCAAAUACAAGAAACCAACCAACUAAUUAAUUAUAACUACUUGUGCGUUAUACCAUUAUAACUAUAUUACCCAUAUAGUUCUUUUCAAUCUAUAUAUAUUUAUAUAGUACUAUAGUGUGUUUGUUCUAGUUUUUAUAGAAUGGGAUUCAAUAAGCCACGGCCGAUAAUUCGGAGCUACGAUAAGCGAGUUGACAGAGCUAGAGUUGAAGACCUCGAACGAAGAUGCGAGGUGGGCCCAACUGAACGAAUUUUUCUCUUCACGGACACUAUGGGUGACCCCAUUUGUAGGAUCCGGAACAGUCCGAUGUAUAAGAUGCUGGUAGCGGAGUUGGACAAGGAGUUAGUUGGGGUCAUUCAAGGCUCUAUAAAAGUGGUUACAAUCAAUAAGCCACCGAAGGAUAACAUAGGCGCGGCCGGAGCCAAGGUGGGGUACAUCUUAGGCCUAAGGGUUGCACCUCAUCAAAGACGCAAAGGGAUUGGGUCGAGCCUAGUUCGAGAGCUAGAGGAGUGGUUUGUGGCGAACGAUGUUGAUUAUAGCUACAUGGCAACCGAGAAGGACAACAAGGCUUCGGUCAAGUUGUUUGUGGAGAAAUUUGGGUACAACAAGUUUAGGACGCCGGCGAUUCUGGUCAACCCGGUGCAGAACCGGGCUUCACAUAUCUCGUCAAACGUUGAGAUAUCGAAGCUGAAGGUGGAAGAAGCAGAGUCGCUGUACCGGAAAUUCAUGUCGUCUGCGGAGUUCUUUCCGAAGGACAUAAACGACAUAUUGAGGAACAAGCUGAGCUUGGGAACAUGGGUGGCCUACCCUAGAGGAGAGUCAUUGGGUAGUACUAGGAGCUGGGCCAUGGUUAGUGUGUGGAACACUGGGGGACUUUUCAAGCUGUGGCUAGGGAAAGCUCCCUUAUCGUGUUUAAUUUAUACCAAAAGUAGUAGACUGAUUAGUAGGUUAUUGCCCUGCUUUAAGUUAGUGCCUUGUAUACCCGACUUCUUUAACCCUUUUGGGUUUUAUUUCAUGUAUGGAGUUCACUCGGAAGGUCCAUUGUCCGGAAAGCUGGUCAGGAGUUUAUGCCACUUCGUGCAUAACAUGGCUAUAGAGUCCAAGGAUUGUAAGGUAAUAGUGACCGAAGUUGGUGGUCACGAGUUCGGGCUGAGACAUCACAUCCCGCAUUGGAAAUUAUUAUCUUGUCCGGAGGAUUUGUGGUGUAUAAAAGCCUUGAAAAUCAAGGACCAUGAGGAGAGAAAUAAGGCUCUCUUUCAGUUGACAAAAACUCCACCAUCAAAACCUCUUUUUGUAGACCCAAGAGAGGUAUGAAAAACUUAUGAAUA